GGUGGGGUUUGGGUGGCUCCAGGAGUCGGCGGUGGAGGCGGGUGCCGGACGGACGGUGUCGGGGUGGUCGUGCUGCUAGUGCAGGCGGAGGGCCGGGUGGCUGGCUGCUUGACUGACUUCGGAGCCGAGUUGUGGCGGUUGGAGAGGAUCCUCUCGCCACCUGCUCGUCAUUUGUGAAGAAAGUACGAGGGAUGGACACUUCUAAUGAAGGCCUGUUGCAAGGUGAUCCAGCACCCGAAAUUGGAGAAGAUGCUGUUGCAACUUCUGACCUUGGAGGUGGAAUGACAGAUGAUGAGCGAGAAGAGCUGACAAAUGAACUUGCUAAAGUGGAGGAGGAAAUCCAAACGCUUUCUCAAGUGCUUGCAGCUAAAGAAAGACAUGUUGCUGAAUUAAAGAAGAAGCUAGGAUUGACUCCACUACAUGAACUUAAACAGAAUUUGUCAAAAAGCUGGUUAGAUGUACAAUCCUCCACAGCGUUUAAGAAGACAUCUGAAACCCUCUCUCAGGCUGGUCAGAAGGCUUCAUCUGCAUUUACUAAUUUUGGUUCUGCUAUUACCAAAAAAUUUGAAGAUGUUAGAAAUUGUAAGCUAAUCGCUCAGCUUGGUUGGCUGCGAUUAGCACAGACCUCAAGUUACUUUUGCUAA